ACUCAAAAGACACGUCACACAAAGACAACGGUUAGAUUUUGGAAGAAAAGAAAGAAAAAGGGGGAAAACGCCCCCAAUCAAUCAGUCCUCAAAUUCAAAUCCUAGGGUUGACGCUCCUUCCAAUCGAGCAAGACUAAAUCUUGGAUCGAAGAAAGAAAGAUGGAGAAGUACGAGAAGCUAGAGAAGGUCGGAGAAGGGACGUAUGGCAAGGUGUACAAAGCCAAAGACAAAGUCAGUGGCCAGUUGGUUGCUCUCAAGAAGACUAGGCUCGAAAUGGACGAAGAGGGUGUUCCUCCCACCGCCCUCCGCGAGGUCUCCCUCCUUCAAAUGCUUUCCCAGUCGCUCUAUGUCGUCCGCCUCCUCUCUGUCGAGCAUGUCGACAAUCGCAAGGACGGCAGGCCCAAGCCCGUCCUCUACCUUGUCUUCGAGUAUCUCGACACCGAUCUCAAGAAAUUCAUUGAUUCUCAUCGGAAGGGAUCAAAUCCCAAGCCUUUGGCUCCUUCUCUAAUCCGCAACUUUCUUUAUCAGCUCUGUAAAGGGGUGGCCCACUGUCACUCUCAUGGCGUCCUACACCGCGAUCUUAAACCUCAGAAUCUUUUACUUGACAAGGAACGUGGCAUCCUAAAGAUCGCCGAUCUCGGCCUCGGCCGAGCAUUUACUGUCCCGCUUAAGAGCUACACUCAUGAGAUUGUUACACUAUGGUACAGGGCCCCUGAGGUCCUGCUUGGCUCCACCCAUUACUCUACUGCUGUAGAUAUGUGGUCCGUCGGGUGCAUCUUUGCCGAGAUGGUACGAAGGCAGGCACUUUUUCCCGGAGAUUCUGAAUUCCAGCAAUUGCUUCACAUUUUUAGGCUUCUUGGAACUCCUACUGAUAAUGAGUGGCGGGGAGUGACUAGUUUUCGAGAUUGGCACGUGUAUCCACAGUGGCAGCCACAAAACUUGGCACGUGCUGUUCCUUCUCUUGGACCAGAUGGAGUUGACCUUCUAUCGAAAAUGCUAAAAUAUGAUCCAGCGGAAAGAAUCUCAGCUAAAGCAGCAUUGGACCACCCUUAUUUUGAAAGCCUUGACAAGUCUCAAUUCUGAAGGCAAUGCCUUGACACAACACGUAACUUGCUACCUGCGAGUGUACUUGGUCGUGGAGUUCGUUAGGGACUUGCUAUUGUGUUGAAAUUUGGGGGUUGUUUGUUAAAGUCUCUUGUCAUCAUCUUGGUGAUUUGAACCCUAUCAUAUAAUGUUUACAAACUUUGCUCUCUCUAUUUUCAUUUUUAGCUUGAUGGUUGCCAUCUGGUUUAUGUUCUGAGGUGUAAAAAGCUUGGAAAUGAAUAAUACAAAUUAUAAUAAUGAUUUUGAUUAGGCAAAACUAAUUGUGAAAUUUUGAGACUUGUGUUACUCCAGUUGCUUUUUUAGGAUAUGUCAUUGAUAUUAUGUAGGGAAAAUAUUAAUUUGACCCUUGUGUUUUGUUUGAAUACUCAAUCGGCUCUUGUUAAAUACCAAAACAGACAAUAUGUUUUGUAAAAUGGAACAAAAUGAUAAUUGGAACACGAUUUUAUUCAAACAAUUUUUCAAUACGACUAAAUGCCCUCAAGUCUUUUAAUAUAUUGAAUUAAUUAAAUAAUUAAAAUAGAUUUUAAAAUAAAAAUUGAUUUAAAUAAAAAAAACUAAUAAACUAAAAACUAAAUCUAAGUUAAAAAUUAAAAAAACCAAGUCCUUUCUUUGUUCUCUUCCCGUAAGCCCUAAUUGUUUAGUCAUUUUCUUCUUCUUCUUCUUCUUUCGGUGGUUGGGAGACGUGUGCAUGGGCAAAGGAAGGGUUGGGAAACGACCUUGGGCUCGAAUUUGUGUGAGGUAGGAUGUGGGUCUCAAAGUUGAUGGUGACUGGGUUUAAGGCAAGAAAGGUCUGGUUUCCGGCGAGACGAGGGUCAAAGGAGUGGGUUGGAGAUGCCACUAGGCUCAGAUCUGGGUCAGUAUGAAGGGGUUGGAGGCUUGGAUUUGGGUGAGGAUCGACGUGGGUCACUGGGUUGAUGAAGACGGGUCAACUAAUCUAAAGUGCGAUGGCGUGAAAGACGAGGUUGGGCUGAGGUAGGAGGCACGACGAGAAUAUAGGGGAUGGGGUUGCUUGAGGUUUGAGGCAUGAUGGUGAUUGGUUGUUCUUGUCCUUUGUUUUCUGGGGUUUUUUUUUCAUGUGUUUUUUGGGUUGUGUUUAUGAGUUUGCUCAUAUUUUCUUCUUGUUUUUGUUGGAUUUUGCUUAUAUUUUUCUGAGUUUUUGUUCAAGUGGAAAUUUGUGUAUGAAGAAAAUAAAUAGUUCAAUUUCUAUUA